AUGAAUCCGGGAAAUGUUUCGAGUUUGCAUGAGAAACCCCAAAGAAUCCUUGCUGCCUUCUUCACGGAGGGCUUUGAAUUUCACUAUGGGAGGAAUUAUGGGCAAAAUAAGGGGGUCUUAUUCAGCUGGAUCCUUAGCCAAACUUCCCCAUCAUGCUGUCGAAUAGGUGGUGUUUACAGUCGACAAUCGAAAGAUAACGUUCUGGAAACCCCACGAAUCCAGGUGGACGUCAAUCCUGAAUCUCUGGCGACAAAUCUCAAAGUACUAUAUCAUCCGGUAUCCGCCCUACGACUCAAAUUGCAUUAUCAGCACCAACCAAAAUGUCCUGAGAAUGGAGGAUCAGUCAGGGUUGAGUAUAUUGCUCCCACAUGUACGUCAUCUCUCUAUGUGGACACCGUGGUCGGCACGAGGGUCUAUGUGACACUUUCUCACCUGCACAGUGUCACACAGGACUGGAGUUUGGGCGCGGAGGUGCAGAUGGGAUGGCGAGGUGCCAAAGAUAUGACCCUCAACACAGCAUAUGCCGUCAGAUACAGCAGAGAUGGAUCCACGAUGGCAGCAUCAUUCUUCCAGGCAGGGGAUAUCAGCUAUUGGCGUCAAAUACAUCCGGCAGUACAAGUGGGAAUGCUGAUGGCAUACAGCAAACAGAAACCUCUCACUGCAUCCCUAUUUUACCAAUGGGAUUUCCAUGAUAGCCUCGUCAGGGGGAUGAUUAACUCUCAGUGGUCUGUCGGCUUCACAUACAGAAGAUCAUUCGAAUCGAUGCGUUUUGCCACCAACAUCAGCGUUUCAUAUUGCAUUCCCACGAACAAAAUAAUUAGUGGAUUCAAAUUAGAGAUUAAUUGA